GUCCUGCUCCAGAAGCGGACCAGCUGCCCGCCGCCCCCCCUCACCCCUCUCCCCAAUCCUCAGCCACCUCCCUCCUUCCUCUUCCUCCUCUGGAGCAUCAUCAUCAUCGUCUUUGCCACUCAGAGUUCAUCCAUGUAAAAGUCUGCGCAUCCCCCGUCUGGAUAAGUGAACCCCCCCACCCCUUCCCCCCCUCCCCUUAUUCGUUCCCCACGCGUGGAGCGCCGAGUCACGGCAAGGCAGCGUUACACUUGAGAAGUGAAGAUGAUGAUGGGCCAGCGGCAGUUGCUCUUCCUCCUCUCCAGCCUGGCCGCGAGCAUUUUGGGAGUGGAAGGGACAAAAAGCAAACCUAGAGGUGGCCAAGGUCAGUUCCCCAUCACUCAGAACUUGACAGCGUUGGAGGGCUCGGCCGCCAACAUGACCUGCCGGGUGGACUUUAACGAUAACACCUCCCUCCAGUGGUCCAACCCUGCGCAGCAGACGCUCUUCUUCGGCGACAAGAAAGCUCUUCGGGACAACCGCAUCGAGCUGGUGCGAGCGUCGUGGCAGGAGCUCACCAUCCGCAUCAAUGACGUCAGCCUGGCCGACGAGGGCCAAUACACCUGCUCGCUCUUCACCAUGCCCGUCAAGACCACCAAGGCCUUCCUCACCGUCUUAGGAGUGCCGGAGCGGCCCGAGAUCACCGGGUUCACCAGUCCCGCCCUGGAAGGCGAGGUCAUCACCCUGACGUGCACCACGGCGGGCAGCAAGCCGGCCGCUCACAUUCGGUGGUUACGGAACGACAAAGAAGUCCAAGGCACGACGGAGGUGAGCGCCUCGGGCAAGUCGUUCACGGUGAGGAGCAGCCUCCGCUUCCAGGUGGGCCGAGGCGACGACGGCGUGGCCUACACCUGCAUGGUGGACCACCUGUCUCUGUCCAACCCUUACAUGACCACCGAAGUCCUGGAGGUCCACUAUGCUCCCCAUCUCGAGAUCACACAUUCGAUGAUCAUCCCGCAGGAGGGCCAGUACUUCAAACUGGAGUGUGUUUCCAGAGGAAACCCCAUACCAGAACCGGUCCUGUGGUCCAAAGACGGCGGUGAGCUGCCCGAUGCGGAGCGUAUGAUCGUGGAGGGCCGGGAGCUCACCAUCACGACGCUGAACAAGACUGACAACGGCACGUACCGCUGCGAAGCCAGCAACCACCUGGGGACCAGCAGCGCGGAGUAUAUCCUCUUUGUCUACGACCCCAACGCCAUCGGGCAGCACGGGCCCGACCACGCUCUGAUUGGCGGCGUAGUCGCCGUGGUGGUCUUCAUCACCUUGUGUUUGAUCAUCGUCCUGGGCCGCUACCUGGCCAGACAUAAAGGCACGUAUCUAACGCACGAGGCCAAAGGGUCCGAGGACGCCCCCGACGCCGACACGGCCAUCAUCAACGCCGAAGGGAACCACGUGCACGCUGAGGAGAAGAAGGAGUACUUCAUUUAGGCUUCUUGGUCCCAUUUUUUUGUUAGUUUUUUUUUUUUUACUUUUGGACAACAGACAUGCAAUUUGAAGCUGCCUCAAUAUCUCGUUCUCCUUCUUCUUGAUUUAAUUUAUACUGUUAUUCGUGGACAACUUUUUUUUUUUUUGAGUUGAAGGUGCCUGUUAUGAUCGUCCUUCUUUUGCACACUUCGCUUCUUUUAGCGACAUAACGUCAACUCCGCUCAAAGCUGUUUUUUUCGUUCACUAAGUUUGUUAGCAUCCUUGGGGCGGGGGGGGGGGGGGAUUUUUGUCCCCACAUAACCCAAAGUUGACCCUGAAAAACAAAAUGUAGAAGCACAAUCUUUAGUAGAUUAAAGCCGGCUUCCUCGCGGCAGCCUUUUUUUUUUUUUUUUUUUUGUGUGUGUGUGUGUGUACCCUGGGCCGACAAUUUAAAGAGCACAUUUUUGCGAGGGCUCCCGACGUCAACUGGUUCUUGUCUCAGGAUUCGUAUCGGGAUCAGAGAGGAAAGAAUUCGGUCCACCCCUGACCCAACCCAAUGUGAGAACCUGAGUGAGUGAGUGGAACCCUGCAGGGUUGGUAGUUCUUUGCGUCAAGGUGUGCAUAUUGUUGUUAAAUACUUUGCUAUAAUGUCAAUAUUGGUGAGAAAUAUUGUUGAGUUAUAUAUACAUAUAUACACAUAUUUUGUUUUGGUUGUCCUUGGCACAUUUAUCGCUUUUUGACACUGUUCAAUGAAAAGCACGCCGGAAAAUGAUUCUGUGAUUCUCAAGAGCCCCCUAGUGGUGGGAGGAAAGAAUCAUUGGCCAAGUAGGGUUCAUUUAUAUUUCACUUUUAAGUUCUCCACCUUUUGUAUUUCAUCUUUAAGAACAAGUUUGUUUUUGAAUAUUUAUUCAGGUAGUAUUUGAAUUUCACUUGUACAUUUUUAAUUGUUUUUUUUUUCUUUUUUAGAUUUAGGCACUGUUUACUCAUUCGCUGCUGUGGAUGGUUCUCGAUGUUGGGUCACGAUGAUGGUAUGUGAAGAGCAAAAUACUUCUUUUGGUGGUACUUGCUGUGAAAAUAUGAAAAGCAUCUUGAUUUGGUAUAAUCGUAAUCUGUAAAAACAAUCUUCUCGGUUUCGUGGAUCACUUGGCGAUACGAGCUUUUCAUUGGAAAGAAACGAGAUACAUUUUUUGAGGUGUCCCCAUAAGAUUUUUUUCCUGUGGGCCAGAAGGUAUGUAAAUAACAUGUAAGUAUUGAAUUUUAGUAAAGGAAAGUCAGUAGUUCUACCUUGAGUUUUCAUAACAUGUUUUAGACGGCUGUUUUCUUCUUGGGAAAAAAAGGGGGGGGGGGUGUGGACGAGGAGCCACACAGAAAAGGGGGAAAGAAAAGAUUUGACACUUGUGUGAAGCAGGAAGAUAUUUGUGACUGUGCAAGGAAAACUUACUUUCAUUAAUAAUAUUUUAAGAUUAAAGAUCUAGUAUUACAAGAUCAU